UAUGAUUGUGUUCUUGGAAGGGCUGUUAACAAGCUUGAGAUGAACGCGACCUUCUUUACUUGAGGUUCUCAGCAUACUUCUCGCUACGAACUUCGAAACCCCCUUUUCUCUACCCCUUUUGUCUACCCAGUUCCAUAGCACCAUGAUCAUGGCGGUCUCUAGUAAUCCCGUCCUGCUUGAUAGAUUCAUCUUGCUUGUGUUACCACUCUUUUGUGUCUUCAUUCUGGUUGAAUUACGAUAUUCAUAUGCUCGCCGCUUUUUUGCUGCUCUUUUCUCUAUACUCUUCAGUACAUACCUACAUCAAAAAUACCCAAUUAUCCAGCACGAGACACAGCAGCCCCUUCCAUCACUCCCGUUCACUUUUCCUAAUGGUCAAGGCGACACAGAAAAGUUUCUCCACGGACGAACGAACAGCGCCAAAUGGCAGAACCGGUAUGGAUCUCUAUAUCGGAUCUGGUCGGGUCAAUCGCCGGAGGUGGUUCUUACUGAGGCUCGACAUGUUGAAGCUGUCUUCAAGGACUCGCAUACUCACCAAAAAGCUCACGCGAAUGAUAGUGGACAGCUCAUGUACACGCUCCUUGGGUCCUGCCUCGGACUGAUCAGCGGUCAAGGUUGGAAAGCAGUGCGCAAAGCGUCCGAGCCGGCCUUCUUGCAUCGAUCUACUUUGGCUUACACCGAAGACUUCACAGAAUUGACGAGGUCUUGGAUUGCAGGGCUUGUGGACAACCCGGAGUUUCGCGAUAAUGGUCGCUUACAUCCCGUCGAAGACUUGAAGCUCUUGCCAUUCUUGGCAGUUGCUAAAGUUUUGUUUGGCGACUUUGGUGACGAUCUAAAGGCUCGGCUACUCGCAAUUAUUCCUGGACGAGAACAGCUUAUGAAAUACGUGGUCAAAGGAGGCAUGCCCCGCUUCUGGAUUUCCCAGUUCCUCCCGCUGCAAGCCAACCGCGAGUUGAAAGAAUUCAAGUCAAAGUGGGCUUCGUGGACUGACGAAGCAUACUCCCGAGCAGUCGAAAAUUACUCUGGCGACUCGUUUAAGCCUUCGAUCAUUGACAUGUACUCAGCUGUGGCUGAAGGUACAAUCACGAGGGAGGAGGUCCUGCAAACACUAGAUGAAAUGUUGUUUGCCAAUCUAGAUGUUACCAUGGGAGGAAUCUCAUGGAACGUGGUCUUCUUGGCUGCCCAUCCGAGUAUACAGGAAGAAUUGCGGAAUGAAUUUGGUGGAAGAGCUGCCGAUCGAAACGCAUAUCUUCUGGAGACUAAUAAUCUUCUUAAUUCCUGCAUCCUGGAGUCAUCUCGGCUGCGGCCGCUGGCUGCCUUCUCCGUCCCACAGUCCUGUCCUAAUGUUCGCGUCCUGGACGGCUACGUUGUGCCACCAGGAACGAAAUUUAUAGUAGACGCAUAUGCUCUCAACAUCCGCGAUCCGUUCUGGGGUAAUGAUAGGGAGCAGUAUCGACCACAGAGAUUUUUGGAAAGACAGAAGCUCGGCAAAGAUACGCGCUAUCGUUACUGGCGGUUCGGAUUUGGACCGAGACAAUGUCUAGGAAAAUAUGUUGCCGAUCUUCUGAUCAAAUGUUUGAUCAUCGAGCUGUUGGAACGCUAUGACUUGAGACUGUUCGAAAGUAAGGAAGCAGAAUGGCCAUGGAACGAUGAAACCUGGAUUCAUCACCCGGAGAUGGUGGUGAUGUGUAAACCGAGAGAGAAAGCAAUAUUAUGAUCAUGGCUGCCCAAAGCAAUAUCGCCAAUUGGGUCCAGGUAGGACAUACCGCAGGAUCAAGUCUCGGAAAAUAGAUGUUCAAUUUUAUGACAGCGCAUUUCCAUAGUAAAGAAGACAUGUCUCGGGUGUAUCCCCACCAAAAGCCGACAGAAUGAUUGAAUGAACGUAUCCACUGCUACCGCUCUAGAUGGUUGAGUGAGACUAGAAGACCAGUACGGAGAAUCAUCAUUGUAUCGCGAACCUCGAACUGCUUUAUAGCGCGUGUUUUAUAUCGAUCAUCCGGCUUGACUCCUUCGUUUGUUUUUCUUUUUAUGCUACAUUUGAGUAGUGCUCGCGCAGCUUUUGA